CUGUGCAAUGCUCAUCAGCGCACACAGGUCCAUUCACUGACACGCACCACAGAGCCAGCCACAGGGGACAUUCUCGUCCACUCCCCCUUAUCAUUGAACCUCCUACUUUCUUCUCCCCCCCCCCCCCCUCGUCCAACUUACACCUCUCUCUUCAGCAUCUCUCUUUAUGUAGCUAUAUUCUUUGGAGGGCUCUUGGGUGAUGAGAAUUAAAUGCAGGAUGCUUAUGUCCCGUGUGCUGUAAUUGUGUAGGCACGAAAGAACAAAUCACUGUGGAACAGGAGUAAUUUGGUGUUUAAGGACACUAACACCCGUCCAUUAUCAUGACAUUUUUUCUUUGAGCUCAGGCGCGAAUUUGACCUAGUCCCCCAGAACUGUGCGAGAUGUGUGUGAGAGAGAAGCAACAUCUGUAAAACUUGGAUUAAGAAGGGAGGAGGAGGAAGGAGGGAAAGAGAAGAAGGAGGAGGAGGGAAAGAGAAGGGAGGACGGAAAGGAAAAAAAUGCAUGUGUGCAAGUGAGAGGGAGUUCUACGGAGAAACUUUGAAAGUCCAGUGGUUUUUGGAUAAGGAGGCUGGAAGUAAUGAGAAGACAACAUGGAAGCCCAGUCCCGUAGCACUACAGCAAGUGAAAAGAAAAAGGUUGAGAACUCCAUAAUCAAAGGUCACACUCGAACAGAAGUCAGCGAGAAAGCUGUUGCCUCCAGCACAACUUCCAAUGAGGAUGAAAGUCCUGGACAGACAUAUCACAGAGAAAGAAGAAACGCCAUCACCAUGCAGCCUCAUGGAGGCCAAGGUCUUGGUAAAAUCAAUGAGGAACCCUCUACGUCAAGUGAGGAAAGGGCCUCAUUAAUAAAAAAAGAACUUCAUGGAUCUAUAACACAUCUGCCUGAACCCUCAGUUCCCUACCGUGGCACUGUCUUUGCCAUGGACCCUAGGAAUGGUUAUAUUGAUCCACAUUACCAUCCGCCUCAUCUCUUCCCAUCUUUUCAUCCUCCUGUGCCAAUUGAUGCAAGACAUCAUGAGGGAAGAUACCAUUAUGAGCCAACUCCCAUUCCGCCACUGCAUGUGCCUUCUGCAUUAGCAAGCAGCCCGACAUACCCAGAUCUUCCAUUUAUCCGGAUAUCUCCACACAGAAACCCAGCCAGUGCAUCUGAUUCCCCAUUCAGCCCUCCUCAUCCUUACAUCAGUCCUUACAUGGACUAUAUCAGAUCUCUCCACAGCAGCCCUUCACUGUCUAUGAUAUCAGCUGCCCGUGGACUCAGCCCUACUGAUGUCCCACAUGCUGGUGUUAGCCCUGCUGAAUAUUACCAUCAAAUGGCACUGCUAACUGGACAGAGAAGCCCAUAUGCUGAUAUUAUUCCAUCCCCUGCAACUGCUGGUGCUGGAGCUAAUGCCCUCCAUAUGGAAUAUCUUCAUGCCAUGGAGAGCUCACGGUUUUCAAGUCCUAGAGUGCCAUUACGACCAAGUCGCAAGAGAACACUGUCCAUAUCACCUCUUUCUGAUCAUAGCUUUGAUCUCCAGACAAUGAUUCGCAACUCUCCAAAUUCUCUUGUUACUAUACUUAACAACUCCCGCAGCAGCUCAUCUGCUAGUGGCUCUUAUGGGCAUCUAGCAGCCAGUGCCAUCAGUCCAGCAUUGAGUUUUACAUACCAGCCUACACCAGUGUCUCUUCAGCAAAUGCAUCAACAGCUUAUGAGUCGACAGCACAGCAUAGGCUCAGCUUUUGGACACAGCCCUCCACUUCUUCACCCAGCACCAACAUUUCCUUCUCAAAGGACCAUUCCCGGCAUCCCCAGUGUUUUGAAUCCAGUGCAGGUCAGCAUUGGGCCAUCAGAGGCUGCACAGCAAAACAAGCCCACCAGUGAGUCAGCAGUCAGCAGCACAGGUGACCCCCUGCACAACAAGCGUUCUAAGGUAAAACCUGAAGAAGAUCUUCCAAGCCCUGGAGCAGUGUGUAUUCAGGAUCAGCCAGAUGGAAUGACUCUGGUGAAAGAGGAGGGGGACAAAGAUGAAAGUAAGCAAGAGCCUGAAGUGGUCUACGAGACAAACUGCCAUUGGGAAGGCUGCUCGCGAGAGUUUGACACACAGGAACAGCUAGUGCAUCAUAUCAACAAUGACCACAUACAUGGAGAGAAAAAGGAGUUUGUGUGCCGAUGGCUAGAUUGUUCAAGAGAACAAAAGCCGUUUAAGGCUCAGUACAUGCUGGUGGUCCACAUGAGAAGACAUACAGGAGAAAAGCCACACAAAUGCACUUUUGAAGGUUGUUCAAAAGCCUACUCCAGACUAGAAAACUUGAAAACUCACCUGAGAUCUCACACUGGAGAGAAACCAUAUGUCUGUGAGCAUGAGGGCUGCAACAAGGCCUUUUCAAAUGCAUCUGAUAGAGCCAAGCACCAAAACCGCACUCAUUCAAAUGAGAAACCUUAUGUUUGCAAGAUCCCAGGGUGUACAAAACGUUACACUGACCCUAGCUCACUUAGAAAGCAUGUAAAGACAGUGCAUGGUCCAGAGGCUCAUGUAACUAAGAAGCAGAGAGGGGACAUACACCCAAGGCCUCCACCACCACGAGAACCAGGAAGCCAUUCGCAGUCAAGAUCACCAGGCCAACAUAUCCAGGGUACACAUGGAGAGCACAAGGACCUCAGUAACACUACCUCAAAGCAUGAAGAAUGCCUGCAAGUAAAAUCAGUCAAGACUGAAAAGCCAAUGACAUCUCAGCCAAGCCCUGGUGGUAAGUCUUCAUGCAGCAGCGAGCAGUCCCCCGUCAGCAACUAUACCAACAGUGGGAUCGAGCUUACUCUAAACAGUGGAGGCAGCAUUGGAGACUUCAGUGCCCUAGAUGAAACCCCAAUCAUGGACUCUACCAUUUCCACCGCAACCACAGGACUUGGUUUACACGGAAGGAGGAUUAUGACAGGAACCAAAUGGAUGGAGCAAAUUAAAGUUGAAAAAAUUAAACAAGUUAAUGGUAUUCUUCCAAGACUGAACCCAGUUCCACCUCAUAGAGCACCAAAUUUACCACCAAUCACUGGAAAUGGUGUGCAGCUGAACAGCAACAUCAGUUUGGGGGGAUCAGCACCUGUUCUUCCAAACAAAAAUGAGCUUUCUAGCAUGGACAUUACAGUCUUGAAUAUGCUUAACAGAAGAGAUAGCAAUACUAGCACAAUAAGUUCAGCAUAUAUGAGCAGCCGCAGGUCCUCUGGAAUUUCACCUUGUUUUUCCAGUCGAAGAUCCAGUGAGGCAUCUCAGUUUGAGGGACGGGUUCAGAAUAUAAGUGUUGCAGACUCCUAUGAUCCAAUUUCUACUGAUGCCUCAAGACGAUCAAGUGAAACAAGCCAGUGUGAUGGGCUGCCAAGCCUCCUAAGCCUUACUCCAGCACAGCAAUACAGGCUGAAAGCUAAAUAUGCUGCUGCUACAGGUGGGCCCCCACCAACACCACUGCCGAACAUGGAAAGAAUGAGUCUAAAAACCAGAAUAGCUCUCCUGGGUGACUCAAGAGAUUGUAGAUUGUCACCUCUUCCUUCAGUCAAUGUCCCACGAAGAUGUAGUGAUGGUGGAGUAGGCUCUUAUGGAAGAAGGCAUUUGUUGUCAAAUGAACUUCAAGGUAAUGGAAUGCGUAGAGCAAGUGAUCCUGUAAAAAUGGUCUCUGAUAACUUUUCUAAUGCUAGAGUUCCAAGGUUCAACAGUCUUAACAACAUCACCCCUCCUGAUGCCCCGCCACUUAUGGAAAGGCGCAAUUUAAGUCUUCAGAACUAUACCCGUAAUGUGUAUUCACCAUGCCCUCCUAGUAUAAGUGAAAAUGUUGCCCUGGAAGCAAUGAUAAUGGAAGCAGAAGGCAAUUUUGAUGAUGAGGAUUUACUGCCAGAUGACAUGGUUCAGUAUCUUAACUCUCGGAACCAAAGACUUUAUGACAUUUUUGAAACAGAUAAAUUACAGAAUAAUGCUGGAGAAAGAAAUGGAAACAACUUUGAACCAUCUCAUGUAACCAGUAAUAUAAUAAAUGAACAGUUCCUCAAUUCCGAACAAACAGAUACCAUAGAAAAUAAAAAUGACCUCCCAAUUCAGUGGAAUGAAGUAAGCUCUGGCAGUGCAGAAUAUUCUCCAUCGAGAUUAAAGUAUGGGCAGCGUUUAACCACACAGCAGAAUCGACCUUUUGGAUUGUAUAAUAACAUGAUGGUCCAGCAGCAAAAUGUACCAAAGAACGGGUUGCCCCAGCAAAGGAGCUAUCAACAUCAUACACAAAACAACCCACAGGUGCCCCAGCAAAAUCUGAACCUUUACAAUAACAGCAGUGUGUGGAGUGGUCAGUCAGUCAGGGGCAAUCAGUGCAUUGACAUAGCAAGAUCAUCACUGGGAACGUCUGCAACAGGAAGUCUUUGCAAUACAACUCGAGGACAAAAAUUUACAGCCAAUGGUUUGCAAAUGAAUAUUGGUCAACAAAACUAUGGACCAUCCACACAUUAUAGUGUGCAAUCAGCUAGCAGAACUGACCCAGUCCAGAAUGAAAACAUCAUGAAUCAGGAAUUUAUGCACCAGAUGACAGCCGAACACCUAAUUUAUGGUAUGCAUUUCCUGGGGGUAACUCGAUCUAAUCAGACAACAUCAGGGCAAAAUGGAAACACAAUUGAUGCAACACAAAGUUUCCUGUCAACUACUCAAAAUGCUGGAGAGCAGCAGCCAUCCCUGGCAAAGAAUAUCCAGUCUUUUGUAAACUCUAGUGGAAAUAGCAGGCAGAAUAUACAUAGAAACAACCUGUCAUAUCUGCAAGAGCAAAUAUGUGACACCAACCAACAAGUUUGCAGAGUGAAUGGUAUUAAAAUGGAAAUGCAGAAUCACCCACAACAGCACUGUGCGAAUGCACAAAACUUCUCCGGUCAGUUGUAUGACCAAACAGCAGCAUAUCCUCAGCAAAGUAUCAAGUCAGGUUCUGAGCCUGGUAUGGAAGCAAACUGUCUUUUACAAGAAAGUAAUAAUACAAACUCAUCCCAGCUUCUUUCGCCUGGGGCAAACCAAGUGACUAGCACAGUCAAUAACAUUGACAGCAGUUUGGAUGAGGUGCAAAUCGAUUUUGAUGCUAUAAUUGAUGAUGGGGAUCAUGCCAGCCUCAUUUCUGGAGCUCUAAGUCCAAGUAUCAUCCAGAAUCUCUCCCGUAAUUCUUCACGCCUUACCACUCCUCGAACAUCUCUGACAUUCCCAGCCAUACCUGUUAGUACCAGUAACAUGGCUAUUGGGGACAUGAGCUCUUUGCUGACCUCACUUGCAGAAGAAAGCAAGUUUCUUGCUAUUAUGCAAUAACUUAGGAGAGAAAAGGCAUGAAACAUGAACAAGAAAAUAACUGAUUUGUAUGUGUGUAUGUAUUCAGCAAUCCCAUCCCAAGCAAAUGGGAUGUAUUCCAAGUACAUUCCUUUUAUGGAAUAAGGACUUAAACCCUUAAGUGUUAUAGGGAGAAAUAGUCUUCCAUUGCAAUUUUAGAUCAGUAUUGUCAACCCCAAACAUUGUUUAUUUUAACCCAGCUGGGUCUGAAAGCGUUCAUAGUAAACCCAUGUAAAUUUAUGACAUCUGUGCAUGUUUGAAAUGUAAAACAAAAAGGAAAUUAUGUUUAGAUGCUCUGUUUUAUCAAGUAGGAGACUGGCAUUUUUUUCAGUUGAAUUUUAUAGGAAAGAAAACAGAAUCCAGUUGUUGUUUGCAGAGACUUUUAUUUAAGCAUUGUUGCAAUGUGGACAGCUAAGCUCUUAAUUAGUUAUUUGAGGGAUUUCAAAUGAAUGACCUAUAUAAAGAAUAUCACCCAUUCUUUUGUAAUAGCCAAACGGCGACUGACAGGGAUGAUGUUUUAACAGGAUCAUGUACUAUUAAUUCAUGUAUCCUUUGUAAAAAAAAAAAAAUAUAUAUAAAUAUAAAUAUAUACCAUUUCAAUUUAUGUUCCUUUUUGUCGAGACAAAAAGCAAUUUGUAUUGCAAACACAGAAAAGGAAGCUUAUCCUUUAGAAAUGGGCAUCUUUUUAGCAGAGGCAAUCAUUAUGUACAGUAUUGCAUUAUGGACUAAACAUGGCCAGUCACAAAUGACAGGGCCCCUGCUACAUGCAGUCCAGCUAUUCAAACUCAGAUUAACGAAAGGAAUUCUUCUUGUAUAGAGGGAACGAUCCACUUCAUUUGUAUAACGUUAGGACAUGCACAUUGUAUAGGGAAGAAAGGUACUUGACUUGGAGCACUACUGUGGACACUGUUUCCCAAAUACACAUUUUGCUUCAGUUGUGUUGCGAAAUAAAUCCAUGAACGGUACUGUUUUUUUUGUGAUUUCACAAAUAAUAUGGAUCUGUUGCAUUAUUUUUUGUGUCAAAGGUGUUCAAGCUUCAGCAUUGUGUCCCAUGUGCAGCAGUGUAUAGUAACGUUCCCGUACAGUCAUGAAAUGUAUGUGCCUUAUUUUGAGUUUGAAAUAGGGACCAAGUAUCUUGCCAAACUGUGUCUGUGCUACAGCAGCGCUCCAGAGGCAGCAGAUAACAGAGCACUGUUACUAAUGCUGGAAGCCUGUAAGAGUCUCAUUUCCAUGUUUUUUGUUUUUUGUUUUUUUUUUUGUUCUAUGUUUUUUUUCUUCCACAUUUUAAGAUGAAAGAAUGAUAUUUGUAUGGUGCAUCCCGCCGACCUGUAAAAUAUAGUACUUUGUCACUUUUUGUUAUGUUUUUUAUAUUGAAAUGUAUACUCUUUUUUUUUAUUGUGUAAAUACAUUGAUGUGCGUUAGACAUAGAACUAUAACGUUAUAGGCCUAUUAACCAUGGUCCAAACACACAUGCUACAGCUGUGGAUUACAGCCUUGGACGUGCCCAGCAGGAUCUAUAGCAUUACCUACACAGGACUUGUUUUUGUUUUGUUUUUUUGUUGUUGUUUUUUCUUUUUGGGCUCUCAGAACCACUUAGCUUUUUUUGUAAAAAAAAAUAAAAUAAAAAGAAAGACCAAAAAAAUUUCUUACAUCAAUAAAAGAACUUUGUACUUAAA